UCGAAGGAACAGACAAAAGUCACUAGAAGAAGUUAGGACUAACCAUUUACACCUAUAACCAGCAAUGUUUAGAAGCUUAUAUAGAGGUGCGGUCCCGGCCAGGCUUGUGAAUAACGUUUCUGUGAGAUGUUACAGCGAUAAAGGGCCUGUUACCGAUUUCAGUCUGCUUACCAAGGUGAUUCAAAACUCCAAUGCUAAUUCAAAUGACAAUAGUAAGAAAUCACACUUUGGAUCAUCCUUUCAGGCUCCAAAUAAUAUGAGUACCGUGGAACAUGUUGAUUCGUUGCUUGGAGGAUCCGAUCAACCAGCAUAUCAUAGUAUAAGUACCAGGGAUACUUAUCUUGGAUCCGAAGUCAGACAUCCUCGUGAAGUUGCCAAAGAUAUUCGUCUUAGAGGUCCAUUAGCAGGAAGAGCCGUCAAUGUUGUUGGAAAUAACGUUCUCAGAGCAUCAUCGCAACUCAAAUCAUUAAUCAGAGAUAAUAAGAUUAGACAAUUGCAUAGAAGCCAACUGAGAUUCACCACUCCUGCUAAAUUCAGAAAACAAAAGAAGAGAGAAUGGUGGAGAACCAGAUUCGCUGAAGGAUUCAAAGACAUCAUGACCCAAGUCCAAGAUGCAAGAAGAAGAGGUUAUUAAUCCUUAAAAAUUUUAACGUGUACAUAGAUUUCAAUAAAGUCGUUAUAUCUCCAGAAA